UUAUUUUUUUUGGUCAACAGAAUAUUAGUUACAUAAUAAUAACACUCUGUCUGUCUCUGAAAUAUAUUGUCUUGUGAGUUUUCUAGCGUGGUCAGUUGUCACUGUCUGUGUCUGUGCCUGAGAAAAGAAGAAAAGAAGAAAAGAAGAAAAGAAGAGAAGAAGAGAAGAACCAGGGGAAGGCAGAUAAUUAACGGGCCAACUGAUAUUAUUAGCCUUAGAUCAAAUCCAAAAUGGGAAUUGUGGUUUUAGAAGAGAGGGACAACGUUGAGUUACAGGAAUUCUGUCGUAUGCUGGUGGCCUCCGCCGCAGGCCUCCACCGCACAAAACAUCAACCCAACGACCUGCGUUUUCCAUCCAAAACCAACGACUUGACCGACGACGAAGAAGAAGACAGAUUGGUUUGUGUAACUAGCGGCGUUUCCUUCUUAGGCCUCGCCAUCGUCAACCGCCUCCUCCUCCGUGGCUACUCUGUCCGCAUCCUCGUUGAUAACCCAGAAGAUGUAGAAAAGUUGGGGGAGAUGAGGACAAGGACCAAUAAUUAUAAGAUAUCAGCAGUUAUGGCAAAUCUAGCAGAUGUUGAAAGCUUAUCUCAAGCAUUCCAUGGCUGUUGUGGCGUCUUCCACACCUCUGCAUUCACUGACCCCGCUGGCGUCUCUGGUUACACUAAAUCCAUGGCUGAGAUAGAAGUGAAGGCCAGUGAGAAUGUGAUGAAGGCAUGUUCAUUGACAACUUCUGUGAGAAAAUGUGUGCUGACUUCUUCACUUUUAGCCUGCGUAUGGCAAGACAGCAGCAACCUGCAUGACCCCUCCCCUGUAAUUAACCAUGACUGCUGGAGCAGCGAGUCACUUUGUAUAGACAAAAAGCUCUGGUAUGCCUUGGGCAAGCUGAGGGCUGAGAAGGCUGCAUGGAGAAUAGCUGAGGAGAAGGGGAUGAAGUUGGCAACCAUCUGCCCAGCUCUCAUCACUGGUCCUGAAUUCUCUACCAGAAACCCAACAGCAACAAUUGCAUAUCUCAAAGGAUCCCAAGAAAUGUACCAAAGUGGGCUGCUAGCCACAGUAGAUAUGAUGAGAUUGGCAAACGCGCAUGUGCGCGUGUUUGAGGCAAUGAACAAGACAGCAUUUGGGAGAUACAUUUGCUUCGAUCAAGUCAUUGAAACAGAGGAAGUGGCAGAAAAGUUGGCUGAGGAGACAAGCAUGUCGAAGAACAAGAUUAUGGGCAACGGGUCCAUCAAUGUCCAAGUUCGAUAUGAAUUGUCCAAUAGGAAGCUCACAAACCUUUUGUCAGGAUCACUGAGAUACUGUUAUAACCAAAGCCAGCAUUACAUUUAGGUUCCAUCCUGAUAUUAUUAUUUCCCGUUGGGGCUUAGGUUGAGCAAUGCAAAAUGGAAAGUUUUGGAAACUUUAGAAAUGAAUGUAAGUAUCCGUGUUUGUUUCGU